UGACACUUGUGGGGAGAACACACGUACGAAUAGGUCAUUGAUACGGGAAAUCGUGUCUCUUCUCGGUAAAACUCUGAAAAAAAUGGACCUUUUCAUACAAGAAACGAGAGAGGAGUCCAGCGCCUUAGUUGAAAGGGGUCUCUCUGUUUUAUGAAGAAGCGGAGCAACGGAGGUGUCAAGGCGGAAACAGGUUGACGGGGUAGAAAAUUGGCUAUAUCAACACGGCGACGCACCUGCUUCGCGUGAUUGAGUAACUGGGGCGACUUUGGAACUGCGUCGUCUAGUAUAUCUCCGAUGCUUAGGAAUUAUUGGUUUUUCUCGCGUGAAUUUUGCCAGGAAUGGAAUCAAUCUAUUACUCACGGUGAUUUUUGUUGUACAUUGGACUGGAUUUGCUCACUAUUAUUUUUCUUCAGCAGUUGAGCUAACCACAAUGCCCGUCCGGAGAUCAUGUCACAAUUCUCGCUGUUUUGGUCGAUCGAUGGAGACUGAAAUUGUAGCCGACUUUAAUCGCCUCAAAAGCAAUCACCUUAUUCAUGAUUCAGCGGUGGCAAUUCAAAACCACUUAUGCGAAGAAAAAAUGCUGUCUUUUUAUCGCUGUCCUCGAUGCAACUGCAGAAAAACUCGACCAUUAUUUGUUUAAGGCGACGUGACAUGAGGCCCCUGACUCGAGUUGCGAUCGUUGAAUGUAUUUGACUUUCCCGAAGGUUGAUUACCAGGAUCGGACUUUGAGAUACCCCCGGGACGAUCGCCCCCUCAUGGUUUACGGUGAUACCUGCUCUCCACCGCGUCGCUUAUACCCCGGACUGGCUCGGGUUGUGUGCUGCGAGGCAAGGCGAGUGAUUUCUGAAGUACCCUCGCAAAAGAUGCUGCAUCCAUACUGCGACUUGGGUUUAUAAUGUGACCGGCGAACUAUUCUUUCUCAUUCGGGAUGUUACGAAUCUAUCGAUGAGAUUUGCUUGGGAAGCCAAAUUCAUGGGUGCAUGGAUAAUUAUUGGAAACGCGUCUGUGUCUGGAUAACAGUGAAUAUCCUCCUACCAUCAGUUGGUGUGAGACUCCUUUUACGGGUGCUGCUCGGGUUUUUGUUUACGAAUCAGUCGAUAUGGUUUGCUUGAAAACCCAAACCCAAAGUGGAUAAUAUUAUAAACAUGCUGGAUUUCUGUGAACAUUCCCCUGCCAUCAGCUGGUGUCAUGAUUGCUCUCAACAUGGCGACCGGUGAAUCACCAUCGCUCCACGUGAACCGAACCGUGGAACACUUCCAGAUCCCAAGCGAGUUCAUCGCGGCUUUCAUCGGCGUCUACGCGCCCCUGAUCCUGGCCAUUUUGUCAGGCAACUCCCUGGUGCUGCUCGCCGUCUACAAGGAGAAGUCUCUCCGCAAGAGGUGCAAUUUCUUCAUCGUCAGCCUGUCCGUGGCGGAUUUCCUGACGGGCUUGAUCGGGGUUCCCACGGCGAUCCUCGGCCGCUUGCUCCAGAACAACACCACCUGUUUCACGGCCACACGGAUGGUGUUCUUCACCGCUGCUUUCACUUUCUCCGCCGUGUCCAUGUUCCAGCUGCUCGCCAUCACCAUUGAGCGUUACAUGGCCAUCAUGACGCCUUUAGUCUACCAUACCGCUAUGACACCCAGACGGUACCUCUACAUCAUCAUCGCCGUCUGGGUGGCUGGGGCAGUGGUGGGUGCCAUCCCGAACUUCGGUUCCGGGGCCGGGACGGACGUCUGUGCCGUGGACUACGAGCCAUCCCACGCUGUCAAGUUCUUCAUGCUCAUCUUUGCUCUUGGCAUCCCCACCGUCCUGGCCUCCAUGGGGCUCAUGUACUUCCACAUUUUCCGGAAGGCACGGCAGCAGGCCAACCGCAUCGCCGCGCUGCGCCGGGCCCUUCACCGCCUGGAGGAACAUCAGACGGUCCAGGAACACAGGGCCCAGAUGAAGGCCACCAAGACCACGGCCAUCAUCCUCGGCGGAUUCGCAGCUUGCUGGAUGCCCAUGGCCCUGAAAUUCUCCCUGGAGGUUUUCCUCGUCAUGGACUCUUACACCAUCCUCAUCCUACAAACAGUCUUGGAGUUCUCCGCAUACGCCAACUCGGCUAUCAACCCCGUCAUCUACUGCUACCGCAACGCAGAGUUCAGGACGGCAUUUUGUAAGAUUCUGGCGCCGUUGAAAAUCUGCUCGGAAAAAGUGAAUACGGUUCGGGUGACCCCGGUCGAGCCGUUCAGGAACUGCAGUGGGUCUUCACUGGAAAACUGUGCAGUGGACGAGACGUAGUAGGAGGUGUCAUAAUAUGACAGAACCACAUCGAAGCUACGAGGACAUUACAGAUGUUCGCAAACUAUGGAGCAUUGGUGCAGUGUAGACGUGAGACAAAGAACAAUUUAUAAUGACGAGUUUCAUGAACUGAAUAGUGGGACAGAUAGGGGAAGUAUUUGGGGGAAUUGUGCCUUUGAUGAUGCAUGGCAUUUGGCAC